AUGGGUCAGUAUCGUAAUCGAGGCACACCAAUGGGCAGCAUGGCCUCCGGAUUAGAAGAAGACGCUAUCAGUACAGCAAGCAGUUCACAAGCCCGUAUUCGUGGUGUCAGUCCCGGUCAACCUGGUCAAACACGACCGCGUAUCUCCACGGCGGCGGGGGUUUCAAACACGCCAACUCUUUACCUGUUAGGUGAGAGGUCCAUGAUGAAGAACCUAGCCAAACACUCCAAUCUUCGUUCGGUUGAAUUUGUCCCGGUGGAUUUUGUUAGUCAGUCUGCCAUCGCGGACAGUUUCAAAAUUCUCUUCAAAGCGUGUCUACCUCACGACUCCGGUAAGUCUUCGGGGUCCGGAGGAAGCAGUGGGGUCCAAAACAGCCCUCCAGACUUGGAUCCAGUUGCCGUUAUUGCUGGCGGCGGUGGUGGUGCUGGUGGCGCUGGUGGUGUUGGGACUGGCGCUAGUUGUACCGCUUCGGGUACUGCUACGUCGGCCAAUCUGACCGGACAAACAGGUACUGGUUCGAACUCCACAAACAUACAUACAGCGAUUAACGAAUCCGGUUGGUUGAUUCAAUUGCAAUCUCUACUCCAAUUGGCUGGUGCUGUGGUCUAUUUGCUUGACACUCAAGGUUCAUCCGUGGCCUUGUGUUUGGAAGACGGAACCGAUGCGGUAACCCAGACCGUGGCACUUGCGCAGAUCAUGUUGGACCCGCACUACCGGACACUAGCUGGAUUUUGGGCCUUGAUUGAGAAAGAAUGGUUACUAUUCGGUCACCGUUUCAAUCAAAGGCUGAAUCAAACGGCCACAAGCAAAGGGGAUCCUAUUUCGCCGGUGUUUUUGCAAUUUCUCGAUGCUGUCCAUCAACUUUUGCGUCAAUUUCCUCUGUCGUUUGAAUUCAACGAUUUCUUUCUACAAUUCCUAGCCUAUCAUCACAUGUCCAAUCGAUUUCAUAAUUUCAAAUAUGACAGUGAAUCGGAUCGGGUCAGUGCUUGGCUAAAUGCGAAUGAUGGUCUGAAUUCAAAUCUGUCGGUUUCAAUGGAUAUCACAACCGGUCUCGGAGCCGGUCAUCUGGAACAGGAUAAACUGCUCCGUCAGUACGAUCAGCACUCAAUUUGGACGUAUAUUCAAAAACAGCAUGAGGAAUGGCCUGUGUUCUUCAAUUUCCGUUAUUCCCGACAAAUGAGUGAGAAGAUAUUACGACCAGCCACAAAUCUGGCCUCGUUGGACAUCUGGCAGUUCUAUCUUUCUGAAGAUUUGGCUACCGGUCCGACCUACGAUCUGGAUCAUUUCUCUCCAAGCUAUCGGAAACAGCACAGUCGCCCGUAUGAACCUAUCCUUCGACAGGGAUUCAAUAACACACACGUGGAACAAAUCUACGCAGUGCUUGGACUUAGAGAAGGCGAAGAAGCCAUUGGAUGGCGUAAAGCGUGGGAACAAGCCCAAGACGAGAUCAACUUCUACCCGCAAAUACGUCCAGUUCGCCGACGCAUUCAGCAUCGUGUGAUUGACACGACCACAUCCGCUCACCACAGUCAAUCCUCAUCCAAAGCCAGCGGUUUGCAUGAUCCGUCCAGUACAAAUCGUCUGACCAUCACAAUGGAUUUCCGGGAAGGUAGCGAACCGGCCACCAGUUUGACUACGGUGAACACGGACACGUUGUUUGCUGUUCCGCCACGACGUGCCGUCUCCGGCACCGUAACCGACAUGCAUCGGUCGGCUAAUCACACCACCACACUGACUCCACAACGAGCAGCUGGAUCGAAACCGUUCGAUGUGGCAACCGGAACAACUUCAGAUCCGUCGUUUAUGGUGGGAGAACCGGACGCUGGCUCGCAGUCGAAACCGACAAAUGAUCUCAACAAAGUAGUAAAUGGCAUAGUAGGACCUAGUGAGAAAGUGGUUCGUGUCACUCGUGUCACUCAUGGAACACACUCAUUGACUUCGGAAUCCGAAGAUGAGGCGUUCCAUGACGAUGGACUAGAAGAGGUUUAUACCGAGCCGGACGACUUGGGCAGUGACAUCGACUCUCUGGACGAUUGCAUGGCCGCCCGCUCGGCUGCAAUGGAUGAUCAUCGAGCUGCCACUCUAAGACGGUUGACGAGACGCCAUCCACGAUUGUCGCAGAAUGCUGAUCUACACUCGCAGCCCAGCCUGGAAACCGGUCUUGGCUACGAAUCUGACAGUUUAACAAGUGGAUCCGUUUACAGCACCAAUCAGACAAAAUCUGUACUUCUUUCAACCAUAGCCACCGCGGAGGAGAUUGCCACAUCUACCCUGAUGUUUUCCACACCCCACAAGUUUGCCCAGACCACGAUCAGUAUGUCGAACGUGCGUUGUCAGUACUGUCAGAACUUUUUGUUGUCAUUCAGUACGACACGAGCGGCAGCUCGAUGCACGCAAUGCAACUACCUGUGUCACGAGAAAUGUGCUCCUCUGGUACCGAAAUACUGUCGACCGGGAGGGCGUCAAACACCACUAGCCUCGGAUCCAAUUGACCCAGCAUCUUUUCACGCCUCAGUUCGACAACACAGCAUGCUAGGCGGAUUACGUGAGGAGGAUCAAAGUGCGGAUCGAAGUCGACUGGCAGGAUUUCUCAGUCCCAAACCGCCUUGGCGUACCAGCCAUGAGGGGUCGCGUAACAGUGAACCCCUUUCACGCAGUUCCGCUGUUCUAGUACAAGAUCGGCGAGUGAAAACGGGAGAACGUUCCCCACAGAUCCGUUCGCAGUUCUCCGUGGAACGGUUGGAUGGGAAUGUUCGGCGGUUCUCGGAGACUGCCGCGCCCUCGGUCCCGGUGCUUCCCAGUCAUCUGGCUUCCGCAUCGUUUUACGGUCUUCUGUAUAAAAUGAAUCAUCGCAAACUGCUUCAGCAUUGGAAACAGAGAUUUUUUGUUCUGGACACUACUCGGCAUCAGUUACGCUACUAUGACACAACAGCCGAUGAGAUGCCACGAGGUUGUGUGGACCUGCAAGACGUCCGCGCGGUGCGCCUUGUGAAGAAUGUGGUACCACACCAGAAGCGAGUAACCGAUUGUGGUGUAUUUGAACUGGAAACCAGUACGCGCACCUAUCGCUUUGCAGCAGAACCGGCUGAGAAGGCAGCUGAAUGGGUUGAACGCAUUCAAAAUACCAUUCAAUAG